AAAGCUGACAAGAACCAUACACAUGAAUCCUUCACUACUGUUAGAGCAGACGACAUAAUAUUGAACUAUACCCUUGGUUCAAGUGCACCUUUAGAGAAUCCAAGUACAAGCGUAAAAGAUACACUAAACUCCUUAAAUAACAGUUGUAUGAAUAUCGAAGGUCAUGUCAGAAACUUUGAAACACAUGAACUACCAGCAAUGUUAGAUAAGAAAGCAGAUAAAGAACAUACACAUAACUCCUUCUCAACUGUUGCUAUAGAAAGUAUUGAAGGAACGGUUGGCGGAACUGGUGGGGAUGCAUUAUAUUAUAAACCUCCUAACUUUCCACAAGGUUUAACAUCGAAUGAAAACAUAACAACGAAGAAAGAAAUUAGCUGUAAAAAUGUUUAUGUCAUGGAUGAUGAAAAUAAUGUUAAAUUCACUGCUCAAGAUUUAUAUGAUAAGAAAGUUGACAAAACAGAGCUUCAAACAUUAAAGACUGAAAUACUUCAAACAUUAUAUCCUAUAGGCUCUAUUUAUACAUCAAUGAACUCAACAAAUCCAGCAACAGUUCUGGGUUUUGGUUCAUGGAAGCAGAUUGUAAACAAAUUCUUAUAUUGUACUACUAAUUCAAAACAAGCCGGUGGUUCAAAGAAAAUUAAAGAAGCAAACUUACCUCCGCACACUCAUACAGGAACGACAAACUUUUCUGGCGACCAUACCCACUCAUUAAGAGACCACCCAUUAUACAACUCAGACUAUGAAGCAGGCAAUGACGUUUUAUCUCCAUCUUAUAACAAUUCAGCAAAAAAGACUUUUCGACAAACUGAACCAGGAGGAAAUCAUGUCCAUACUUUCACAACAAAUCCAACAGGCUUGGGUAAAGAUUAUAUGCCACCAUUUGUGACUGUAUUUGCAUGGUACCGCGUUCAAUGA